GUCGCCCGUUUCAAAGGCAGUUAUCGAAAGUUGUCAACAAAGGCAUACUAGCCGAUUUUCUGAAGAAAUCAAUAUGCCAGAUUCAUCAAUGCUUGCUGAAAACUACAACUACAUACGCAGGCUGACUCAGGGUUUAACGACAGCACUGGAGCACAGAUUGUUCACUGAUGUUGUCAUCAAGGUGGACCAGGUGGAGUUCCCUUGCCACAAAGUGGUUUUGUGUUCCAUGUCGCCAUACUUCGAAGGGAUGUUUUCCUCAGGGAUGAAGGAGAGCUCCCAGUCUGUUAUACAACUGCAUGACCUGAACAGUGAAUGGUUUGAGCUGGUCCUCACCUACAUGUACUCAGGACAUAUUCACCUCACCAACAACAAUGUCAAGGACAUUCUGCACAUUGGCUCCUUUCUGCAGGUGCUCUGUUUACAGGAGCUGUGCGAGGAGUAUAUACUGGAGGAGAUGCUGACACUGGACAACUGCUUAUCUUUGUGGCAGCUGGCUCCAACGUAUGGGUGUGGAUAUCUUCAGCAUCAAGCAAAGUCCUUCAUUAUAAGGCAUUUCAAGCUACUGGUAGAGAAUGGAGAACUCCAACAGUUGUCUCAAGAGGAGCUGAAGGAUAUUCUUUCAGAUGAACACUUGAUAGUCAGAAACGAAGCGUGGGUUUUGGAAGUUGCAAUAAAUUGGAUGAAAAUGACUAAAACAGAGCCUAGCAAAGCUAAAGAUGUAUUUGAGAGUGUUCGGUUGGACUUGAUACCUUCCAGUGAAUGGGAAUCACUUCUAGAAAAAGUUAUAGUAACUGCAGAUAAAGGUCUUUGUUCCAUGUUGAAUGCACUAAGAACGACGAUGUUAGCAUCUGAUGAGUACAAUGUUCAGAAUAGAGUUCGGUUCUUUGACAGGCUACAGAAUAUCAUAGUUGCUUAUCCAUCUCGUGAAAUUACUGAUCAGGAUGAUGACUCUGACACUGAGGUGAUUCAGUUUCCAUACUGUGUCAGUUUAGACCAGAAAAAGUCCAUGAAACUUCCUCAUUGCCCCUUUGAUCUUCCGAAAAUUGAGUCAAUUUGUUUCCAUGGACAUAACUUGUACCUUGCAGGGGUAACAAGAAAUGGAGUGGCUCUUGCUAGAUUUGAUGGAAGUACUGGUGUUUGGCACAGCUGUAAGAAACUUUGCCAGAUCAGGACAAAAUUUACUCUUGUAUCUUGUGAAUCACAUGUAUAUCUUAUUGGUGGUGUAAACGAAAAUCUGCUUCGAACAUGGAUUACUGUUGAACAGUAUGACCCGGAGACAGACGAAUGGUGCAAAAAAGGUGACUUGGUUUGUCCAGUAACUGAAUUCAGUUUUGUAACGUCAGGAGAUACGAUUUUCACUUACCUGGGCAUCUGUCGCCGCACAGUCUACACAGACUCCAACACAGUGAGGAUGACCAGUGAAUGCAUUCCUGAGAUCCAGUCAUUCAACUGCACGACAGGACAGUGUGAAGUCAUCGGAAGACUCCCAGGCAUAAUCUCCAAUGGACCAGGCAACCGGCACUCGUUCGCUUUCAGAAGAGACACUACAGUGUUUGUCAUCACCCCAAGGGGCAUGGUCAUAAAGGUGCCCGACUUUGGUAGAGACCCUGUAUUUGCUGGUGACAUUGGGGAGUUGAGUCCCGUAGACAGUCGGUUUCAUGGCAUCGACACUGGAAGCAAGGUGUACCUCAUAGGGAGUAGAUACAGUCUGCCGAUCAGUCCUGACGUGUUCUUGUUUGAUUAUGACGCCAUGGUGGUUACAAAAGUGGAGGACUUGGCGUUUUGUUCCUGUGUGUCUGCGUGUGCAUUUGGUCGAGUAAAGAAGAGGUUUCUUCUUGAAAAUUCUCAAUAUAGAAAUGAGCCUGAUGACGCAGGUGUAAUAAGUUUGUGUUAAAUUACAAACAUGGAUGACAUACCUCUUUGUCCAUCAUGGAGUGUUUUUAAUGUUAUGCUACAGAAGUUUGUGUUAUGGUACAGGGCCCCGUUCCACGAAACUUAAGUGCACAAGGUAGUAGGUGAUAUUCGAGCUAAGAUCGCUUCGUGAAACAGGGCCCAGAAGAGUAUAACAUCUCAUAUUGUCCUUACAUUUAUGUAAACAUAGUUUUAAUACAUACUUUGUGUUAAAACACAAAGAUGAAAGACAUACAACUUUGUCAUGGUUUUAAUAUACAUUGUACCUGUAAACUACACUACGUUUAUUUUGUGUAGACUUUAUUGACACAUUUCUGUUUUUUUGUAGACAGAACUGUGAAGUUAUUUGUACAGUUUAAUGUGGCAGUCGUGACAUCUUGUAUGUGACAUUGUUAAGAUCUUCCAGAACUCCCAUACCUAGAAAUGUGCUGAUGUUCAGUCUGACUUAGAUUUGCUGUUAUGUGUAGAGUCGUCUGGACGUCGGUGGUCUCAGAAUGAUUGCUUUUGUUAAUAUUUAUGUUGUUACUGCAUCUUUAUUGAAACAUGGAACCGAUAAUCAUA